AUGUCUAUCAGACAUUGCAGGCGCUGCCUGAAGGGUGUUACUGUGUCGGAGGGAGAGGCCACACUAGAGACUGGGAGGAAGCCCAAGAAGCAAUUUGGGAAGGGAGCUACUCUUACCUAUGACACUCUCAGGUUCGAAUAUGAAGAAUUCCCUGAGACCAAAGAACCCGUUUGGAUCCUUGGCCGGAAAUACAGUGUUUUUACAGAGAAAGAAGAGAUCCUGUUGGAUGUGACCUCUCGGCUUUGGUUCACCUACAGGAAGAACUUCCCUGCUAUCGGAGGAACUGGUCCCACAUCUGAUACUGGCUGGGGCUGUAUGUUGCGGUGUGGCCAGAUGAUCUUUGCUCAGGCCUUGGUCUGCAGACAUUUGGGAAGAGACUGGAGGUGGAUAAAAGGGAAGAGGCAGAUGGAUAAUUACUUCAAUGUUCUUAAUGCCUUCAUUGACAAAAAAGACAGCUACUACUCCAUUCACCAGAUAGCCCAGAUGGGAGUUGGAGAGGGAAAAUCCAUAGGUCAAUGGUAUGGACCAAACACAGUUGCACAAGUGCUCAAAAAACUUGCAACUUUUGAUACAUGGAGUUCACUGGCAGUCCAUAUAGCCAUGGACAACACAGUAGUGAUGGAAGAAAUCUGGCGGUUGUGCCAGUCCAACUUCCCGUGUGCUGGAGCUGCAGCAUGCCCUGCUGUGGAGUCAGACGUACUCUAUAACGGGUACCCAGAGGAAGCAGGGGUUAGAGAUAGGCUCUCACUGUGGAAACCAUUGGUGCUGCUGAUACCUCUCCGCCUUGGGCUCACAGAGAUCAAUGAAGCCUAUAUUGAAACACUAAAGCACUGCUUCAUGAUGCCCCAGUCCCUGGGAGUGAUCGGAGGGAAACCAAACAGUGCUCACUACUUCAUUGGCUAUGUAGGUGAGGAACUCAUUUACCUGGAUCCCCACACUACGCAGCCUGCAGUGGAGCCCAAUGACAGCGGCUGUCUCCCUGAUGAAAGCUUCCACUGCCAGCACCCUCCCUGCAGAAUGAGCAUUGCCGAGCUCGACCCCUCCAUUGCGGUGGGCUUUUUCUGCAACACAGAGGAGGACUUUAAUGAUUGGUGCCAGCAAAUCAAAAAGCUGUCCCUGGUAAGAGGAGCGCUGCCAAUGUUUGAACUGGUUGAACGCCAGCCAUCGCAUUUCUCCAACCCCGAUGUCCUGAAUCUCACACCAGACUCCUCCGAUGCCGACAGAUUGGAAAGGUUCUUUGACUCGGAAGAUGAAGACUUCGAAAUCCUGUCCCUUUGAAAACAAAUAGGAAACUGACUCUGCAAAUUUGUGUUAUGUGUGGGGAGAAGGGGGGGAGGGAAGCUCCUUCGAGAGCCUGGGGCUACCGGUUUUCAUAGGCGCUUGCUGCCAUCCCCGCCUCUUGUCCAUCCUGGCAUUCUGUGCAGCCUCUGAGCGCAGCGCGCAUUGUCUGCGUUGGGAUGAAGAACCAAGGGGGUGUUACAGCCUUACUGGCUGGAGUCAGAAUUUCUCAGCAGAAAACAGUUGCUGGAAGUGGAUGCAGUGGUGCUUAGGAGUUCAAAGCCUAUCUGUUACAUCAGCAGGUCAGUUGGCCUUCUCGGGGAGGUGUAGAAAUUGUUAGAGCGCUAAAUCCUUACAUGAGGACUUCCCUCUGAAGCUUAAAUAGAGCCACCCAUCAUUUAGCCGGUGAAAUGUACAGUUAAUUCCUUUAGCAGCUUCUCUUCUCACUGGCCAACUUGGACUGCAGCUCACAACGCAAAUGAACAGCAAACAUGUCCCAACAAGACAGCUGUGAAGCCCCUGGAGUCCAGGUGGCCGGGCUUCCUACAGUACAACUCCUGUUCAUGCUUUGCAGUACACAGUGCUUCCUCAGAGGUGUAGUACCCUGCUCCUGCUCACAUCCUAUGAAAAGGACGUUGAGGGAACCUGCAAGUGACUGGUAAUUCAGUAAGCAAAAGGCUGUCUGGGAGAGUGUGGAGCAGACCCAUGCUGCUGGGGAGGACA